CGGGCGGGGAUGCUUUGAGGAGGGCGGCUACGGUAGUGGCCGGGUUUUUCGGCUUGCAGCGUCUGGGCUCUCGGGGGAACCUCUAUGUGGCUGGAGGCGUCGAACAUGGCGCCGACCAGUCCCCCCCGGAAAAUGGGAACAGGCUUCCCAAGCCAGACGGAGGACAGCUCCGAGGCCGCGGGGGACUCUGAAGCGGCCGCCGCCCCCCAGGCUCCUGACAGGCUUUUGUUUGCUGAAACAGACUUUGUUUCCUUAUGUGAUGCUUUACACAUAACAGACAACGUGAGAAUAACAGCUUGGAAGGCCUAUGAAAAAAUGGAUGUAGAGAGCCAGCUGAAAAAAGAAGUGUGGGGUAUCUGCAUUUUUAUGGCUGCUGUUGACCUGGAUGAGAUGACAUUCACUUUUACAGAACUUCUGAAAUGUUUAAAAAUUAGUGUAUGCAAAUUUCUGCACUUGAUUAAAGAAAUAGAUGUCAACAUGGAUACAAUUAGUACUAAAGUGGGCUGUACUAUAUUACGUCUAAAAAUAAAAUAUGAUAGACUGUUUGCACUCUACCAGAAGUUUACAAGGAUUUGUGAACUUAUCUGCAUUGACAAGCCCAACGAUCAAACUUGUGCUGAAAUAAGUUCUUGCUUAUUUACAAAACUCUGCUGGAUCAUGUUUCUUUUGGCAAAAGGAAAAAUACUGCAGAUGGAAGAUGAAUUGGUUAUCUCUUUUCAGCUUCUGCUGUGUGUUUUUGAUUAUUGUAUCAGACAAUUACCCCCUGCACUACUUAAAGAACCAUAUAAAUCUAGAAUUGCAGUGUCUGGUCAUGGCUCAUCUCGAACAAGUAGGCAAGGUCAGAACAGAAGUGCAAGAACAUCAAAAACUGAAAUAGACAUCAAGGUUAUUGAAGAGCUCUGUAAAGAGUAUGAUUGUAGUUUGGAUGAGGUGAAAAAUGUUUACUUCACUAGCUUUAUUCCAUUUCUGAAUUCAAUGGGUAUUGCAACUUUCACAGGACUUCCAGAGGUUGAAGAUAUGUCAAGCAAAUAUGAAGAAAUGUAUUUGAAAAACAAGGAUAUUGAUGCUAGAUUAUUUCUAGAGAAAGAUGAGACUUUGCAAGAUGAAAAUGCAGAAUGUUUACAGUUAGAGAGAACUCCUACAAAAAACCAAAUUGAAGAUUUUCCUAGUGUACUUCCACAAACCCCUGUUCGAGCUGCAAUGAAUACUAUUCAGCAGUUAAUGAUAAUAUUGAAUUCUGCAAGUGAUAUCCCUUCAGACAACCUUCUCUUCUAUUUUAAUAACUGCACAGUUAAUCCUCAUGAAUCAAUAGUGAAAAGAGUAGAAAAUAUGGGUAUUAUCUUCAAGAACAAAUUUGCUGAAGCAGUUGGACAAGGCUGUGCUGAAAUUGGAUCUCAGAGGUAUAAAAUUGGAGUAAGGUUAUACUAUCGAGUGAUGGAAUCCUUAUUAAAGUCGGAAGAAAAACGUCUGUCAGUUCAUAAUUUCAGCAAACUUUUGAAUAAUGAUGUUUUCCAUAUCUCUUUGCUGGCUUGUGCUCUUGAGCUAGUCAUGGCUACAUACGGCACUUCAAGAAAUGCCUCACAGAAUGGGAAUGUAGAGACAGACCUGUCUUUUCCAUGGAUCAUCAACAUCCUGGAUUUGAAAGCCUUUGAUUUAUACAUAAUUGUUGAAAGCUUCAUUAAAGCAGAACCAAGCUUGACCAAAGAGAUGAUAAAACACCUGGAAUGCUGUGAACACAAAAUCAUGGAAUCGCUUGCAUGGCAAUCAAAUUCACCAUUAUUUCAACUGAUAAAGCAGUCCAAAGACCGAGAGGGACAGGCUGAUGAGCCCGAACCUCAACAUAAUCACAAUGCUGCAGAUUUGUACCUCUGUCAGAGACCUUAUAAAUCUAGUUCUUUGUCAUAUUUCUAUAAAAAAGUGGAUUGCUUGGCUUAUAUACGAUUAAAAAGUUUAUGUUCGCGUCUUCUGCCUGACCAUCCUGAACUUGAACAUUUGAUAUGGACCCUUUUUCAUCACACACUGCAAAAUGAGUAUGAACUGAUGAAAGACAGACAUUUAGACCAGAUUAUGAUGUGUUCCAUGUAUGGCAUAUGUAAGGUGAAGAAUAUUGAUCUCAGGUUUAAAACUAUUGUGACAGCAUACAAGGAACUCAACAAUGCAAAUCAAGAGACAUUCAAGUGUGUUUUGAUCACGGAAGGACAUUAUGAUUCCAUUAUAGUCUUCUACAACAUGGUAUUUAUGCAAAGACUGAAAACCAAUAUUUUGCAAUAUGCUUCCAAUAAGCCUCCAAUAUUAACACCUAUUCCUGACAUUCUACAGAGCCCUUAUAAGUUUUCUAAAUCUCCUUUACGUGUUUCUGCUGGAAAUAACAUCUAUGUCUCACCUUUGAAGAAUCCCAGCAAAUUUUCUGAAGGGCUAUUGUCACCCACAAAAAUGACACCCAGAACAAGAAUAUUGGUUUCAAUUGGUGAAUCCUUUGGGAGUUCUGAAAAGUUUCAAAAGAUAAACAAGAUGGUAUGUAACAGUGAUCGUCAUCUCAAACGGAGCCCUGAACUAAACACCACUCCUAAGCCUCUGAAGAGAUUGCGUUUUGAUAUAGAAGGUCAGGAUGAAGCUGACGGAAGGGAACGUCUUUCUGGAGAGUCAAAAUUCCAACAAAAGCUUGCAGAAAUGACAUCAACUCGGACUAGAAUACAAAACCAGAAACUGAAUGAUGGUGCUGAAGUUUCAGACACUGUACAGAAGUGAACUGCUCUUGAGACCCAGGAUCUGCACUGUAGCUUUGAUUUCUACUAUGUUGUUUUGCAUAUACUGCUUAGCUAAUUUAAUUUAGUUGAAUUUCAUGUGUUUCAGUGUUUUAUGCUAUGACAUAGCAUAUGUACUAUUCACUUAAGUGUUAAUUUAUACAUAUUAGUUUUUAGUAAAAUUGAUUUCCCAGUGCAUUGUAGUUCAAUUAUAUUACCUUUUCAGUUUUUAUUGAACUACUUUGUUUUAGAUAUUCAUGUUCAAUAUACAAAAUGCACUGGUAUUUUAUUAAGAAUUGUCAUUUAAUGUCAGACUUGAUGCACUAUUUAUGUUUUAGGUCCCCCUCCAAAGAACACCCUACACUAGAAUAAAUUAUUCUAGAACUCUAUUCUAGAAUUAUUCUAGAGUUCUAGAAUAAUUUAUAUGAUUGGAUUGUGAGGUAUAGUCGUGAGUUCUGGAUGGCCCCGACUCCCCUGGACAGUGCACUUAAAUAUGGUGUUCCAAUACAUUAGAUACCUCUAUUAAAUCAUAUACCUUGCUAGCAAUAUCUUUUUUUUUCCAUCUUAAAACUUAUACGCAAAUUAGAAAAUUUGGCAGCCUGGUUGAAUUUUAUUAUUUUAUUUCAACAAACCACAAUGACUGUGCAACAAAACACACUGCACAUUCUUAUCUGUCUCAUGAUCAGAGUAGUGUAAUUCUGUAGCUAUCACUUUAGUCUGUUAGUUUUGUAAUAAUCAGUAGUCAGAUUGCAAACUCAAUAUAGACUAUGAAAAUUAAGUUCUGAAAUUUUAUUAACAGUAACUAUUAAGAGUUGGCUAACCUAAGCUAUCAUAACUAUGUAUUUUGACAAAUUGAGCAUAGAAAUAUUCUGUAUUCUAAUAAACAUUACAGAUUAAUAAAAUAAUUUUAAAAAUAAGAAUGA